AUGGAACAAGCACCCGGUGAAAUCUUAGACUUGAUAAUAGGUCAACUAUUCGAUUAUUGGCAUAAAAAAGAUCUCUACCAGGCUCGUCUUGUCUGUCGCCGAUGGAACCAACACGCUAUCAGACAUUUCUUUAGUACAGUCACACUUUUCAAUAAACUCAACACAAUAGAAAAUGACUUUCAGUCAUGGAACAACUUGAUGGGCCUGCAGACUGCGAAAGACAAUGUUCGACACGUCGUCAUCGAGAUAUGUUCUCGCGACAUAGGCAGACGACACCACCCCGGAUGGGACCUAUGGGAGGAACAAGGAGAAUGGCCUGCUUUUACGUCUGCUGUUGACAGAAUUAUCAAUCUUGAUCACUUGCAGACAAUCGGGAUAGAGUUUUGUUUUUCUGAGAUGAUUUGUACCUUCGGGCCCAGCUACGAAGAAAUGAGAAGUGCUCGUAAAGCUGCGUUGGAAGCUAUUUGCCGGUCAGUCAAACAGAGAGAAGAACGACGUUUUCAUGGUUACAUGGCCAAGAUAUCGCCUAUUUCAGAGCUGAGGCUGGAGAACCUUCAGAACACCGAUCCAGCUGAGGUACUGGCAAAUGGCCUUUUCAAGGAUAUCCGACGCUUGGAGAUUGAGUUUGUAAUCGAACCGAAUCCAUGGCAGGAAGGGUCUGGAGGUCUUGCACCGUUGGACAGAUUCGACUUUAACCGAAUUCUUGAAUAUACGAUGCUGUCGCCUGUCGUGGAUCAGCUGGUGGAGCUCGACCUCUCAAGUAUUGUCGGAUGGGGUCUGUUUCCAUCACCGUUCUCGGGUAAGAGUCUUUUAUUCCCGAACCUGAAAAGACUCUACUUGCGCGACUUUCUCAUCGGCCGCUAUGAUCAACUAGACUGGGUUCUAAACCAAAAGAAUCUCUCAUGCCUUCGACUACGAAACUGCUGGAUAGUUACUCAUUUCCACCUUCGGGAGUCCGUAUUAGACCUUUGGACGGUCAACACUGACGACUGGGAGAGAUUUGAUGGCGGGCCAUGGCUCGCCAACUAUUCUGACGACGAAGACGACAACAGCCACUUCUACAGAUUUAACUUGAGGUGGAAAACAUUGUUUGAAAACAUCCGUGAGGGACUGCCAAACCUCACUGCGUUUUCUGCGGCUUGGACCACAGAUCAUAUCCCCUAUACUGCGCCCAGUACAAAAGAUAUGAAAUCACGCUAUAUGUCUUUGGGAGAACUUGACGCAGAUUGCGGAUUCCAUCGAAUAUUUGGAGAUAAGCUUCAAAAUGACAACGAUCCGGAAAGCCCUUGGAACUUGGAUGAUUCCAAUUUUAAGAUGGAUGCUAGGGCACUCGCUGCUCUACUUCAAGCAACAAUUGAGAGACGAAAGCAAUGA